AUGAAAAAGCAAGUGAUCUUAAUUACCGGUGCAUCAACUGGAAUCGGGCUGUCAAUAGCAGAAACGUUACGGAGUGCAGGUUAUGAAGUUUUCGGUACCUCUAGAAAAGGGUCCAUUCCUGGGAAGGAAUACUCCUUCAAGAUGAUCAAGCUAGAUAUUACCGACGAGGAAUCGGUCAAAAGUGCUGUGAACGAAGUUAUCGAAAAAGCUGGAAGAAUUGAUGUUCUAGUUAACAAUGCUGGCAUUGCGUUUAAAUGGGCAGCAGUAGAAGAAUGUUCAACUGAUCUAGCAAAAACCAUUUUCGAAACGAAUUUCUUUGGUGUCCAUCGGAUGACCCGUGCUGUGUUACCUCAUAUGAGAGAGCAAAGACACGGUAAAAUAAUCAAUAUAAGUUCAAUGGGUGGUAUUAUGCCAAUCCCAUACGGUGCUCUUUACUGUUCGUCUAAACAUGCUUUAGAAGGGUACACUGAGUCUCUUGAUUACGAGGUGAAAAAGUUCGGAAUUCACGUCAGUACUAUAGAUCCACAUAUUAUCAAAACAGGUAUGGCUAAUUCAAAUUCUCCUGCAGAUGAAGAAAUGGCCGUAUAUGAUUCAAUCAAGGGUAAAGUGUCGGAAAGAAUGCUCAAGCAAAGCCUCGAAAAUUCUGAUGAGCCAGAAGUCAUUGCCAAAGAAGUGUUGAAAGUUAUCAAAACCGAAAACCCUAAGAGUCGUUACACCCCAGGAAAGGCCAAACUAUAUGCAUAUUUUUCCUACUAUACUCCAUCUUGGAUCUUUCGUAGAAUACUAGAUACGGUUUUCAGCGAAUAA